AUGCGGCUGCUGCUAGCGCUCCUCAGCGUCCGCGCCACGCAGCCGUGGGCCGUGCGGCGCCGCGCGACGCCGGUGACGCCGCGGCGCGCGACGAGAGAUGCCGCGCCGGCGGCCCCGCGGGAGGCGGUCGGCGCGCGCGCCCCGCCGGCACCGGCGAAGCCGCCGAAGAUCGGCGAGUGCAACGAGCACCUGCGGCGCCGCGCGAAGGCGCGCGACGCCGCCGGCCUGCGCCGCGAGUGGCGUGCCCUGAGGCGGCACCACGAGCCCAACGACCGGAGCUGGGGCAUCCUCCUCGACGGCCUCGCGCGCGUCGGCGACGCCGACGCGUGCCUGGCGACGCUCCGCGCCGUGCCCGGGGGCGGCAACGUCGUGCACCACACCAUCGUCGUCGACGCGCUCGCGCGCGCGGGCCGCGGCGACGACGCGCUCUCGCUCUACGCGGCGGCGGCGUUCAAGGAGAACGCGCGGUCGCGGCACGCGCGGCUGCGGGCCCUGACCCAGGCGGCGCGCGACGCGACGCUCGCGGGCGACGUCGAGCGGGCCCGCGGGCAUAGUCGGACGGCCGAGGCCGUCGCCGCCGAGUGCGGCGACGCGCGCGGCUUCCAGACGGCCGUGGCCUGCUGCCGCGAGGCCCGGGACUGGGAGGCCCUCCUCCGCGUCUACGACGCGCACGCGGCGUCUGCUCACUUAGAUGCGCCGGACGGCCUCGCGCGCACGGCGGCGCUCCAGGCUUGUAGAUUAGCGAGGCACGGCGCGCGGCGCGCGCACGAGCUCUGGCACGCCUGGCGGCGGGACGCGGACGGUGGUAUUACAAGGGACCGGCCCGACGCCUUCGCGUACAGCGCGUACGCCGCGGCGUUCGCGCCGCGGGGGGGCCUGGACCUGGACGACGCCCGCCGCCUCCUGCGCGACGCGGAGCGCCACGGCGUGCUGCGGCCGCGCAGUUUUAAUGGAACGGGCCGCGUCGACCGGCGCGCGGAGCAGAACCAGAUGAAUUUGUUGGCGUCGCUGCUGGAGGGCUGCGCGGCGCGCGGCGGCGUCGGCGACGCGCUGGUGCUCGUCGACGACAUGGAGGCCCGGGGCCUGGCCCACGACGCGGGCUACGCGGCGGCGAUCGCCGCGUGCGCGCGCGAGCUCGACGCGGACACGUCCGGCGGCCUCGUGCAGCGGGCCGGGGAGCGGGAGGUCGCCCUCGGGCCCCGGGCCUGGGCCCUGGCCGUCAAGGCCUGCGGCGCGGACGCGGCGCGGGCGGAGCGGCGGCUCCGGGCCUGCCGCGCGGCGCGCGCGGCGUCGCCGCACGCGUACGCGUUCUGCCUGUUCGCCUGCGGGUCGGCGCGGGACCACCGGCGCGCGCGGCGCGUCCGGCGGACGGCGGCGGACGACGGCCUCGGGGCCCAGCCGCGCGUGGCGCUCGCGUUCGUCGCGGCGCUGUCGCGCUGCGGCCAGCCGGACGCCGCGCACCACCUGCUGGCGUGCGCGCGGCGCCACGCGGAGCUGGACAUCCCGGCGGGCGUCUGGACGAACUCCAUGGUCGCGGCGGCGCGGUGCCAGCGGGGCGGCGACGCCGCGGCGCUCUACGCCGAGGCGCGGCGCCGCGACGUCGACGUCGGUGGCCGCGUGGUGGACGCGCUCGUCGAGCUGCUCGCGGACGCGGGGGACUGGCGCCGGGCCUGGGGCGUCGCGCGCGACCGCCGGAGCCGGGGCGAGCGGCCGCCGGCGCAGACCGCCAUGGCGCGCGUCGUGCGCGCGGCGGAGGCCGCCGGCUGCUGGCGCGAGGCGCUCGCGCUCAUGGACGACAUGCGGCGGGACGACGCGGUCUUCUACCCGAACCCGCUCCUCGACGCGGCGUUCAAGCCGGGCAUCAUGGUCUGGUCGGCCCUCGCGGGCGCGGACCUCGGGCCCGACGACGACGACGACCUGCGCAUGCCGCCCGAGAAGGGCGACUGGGGGUACAAGGGACCGAUCUAAUAUGACCUCAGGACG